CCCCUGCCCCCAGCGUUCCACUGACGUCACCCAGCUAUCUUGGCCCCUUCCUCCUUGACUCCUCCCCCCCCUUUCUCCUUUCUGGUCUUUGUCUCGCCUCCCAAGGUUGGCCGUCGGCGUCUGACGUCAUUACUUUCCCAGCAGUGCUCAGGUUCUUGCUGCUAACGGUAACUGCUCUCGGUUCGAUUUGCUCCUGGUCUUCCUCCGCUCACAGGUAAGAGAGCCCCGUGAGCCGCCUCACUCACUCGCGUUCUAUCCUUCCGCUCACAGGUAAAUGAGCUCGCAUUGUCCGUGCGACACAAGUUUUUAUUUUUUUUUAAUUUUAUUUUUUUUACUUUAGGGACUGUGUUAAAACGUGCGUUUUUUAAGCGAAUCCCCACCGUAUGAUUAGCAACAUACAUGACGGGGGGAAAGGGCCUAUUCCUGUAAACUGCAAUGAGUGAAUGUGCAGCUCCCCCCCCCUCACAGUGAGAGCUGUGUCUGCUCCUCCAUGAGGGGGUUGUUGUUUUCUUCCUGUCUCUGUGUCUCUGCUUCCUGGUCUGAGGCUGCUAUAGGCAGUCCUGGGUCUACCAGGUUUGAGGGGUGUCAGUGUGGGAGCAGGGCAGGUUUGAGGGGUGUCAGUGUGUGAGCAGGGCAGGUUUGAGGGGUGUCAGUGUGUGAGCAGGGCAGGUUUGAGGGGUGUCAGUGUGUGAGCAGGGCAGGUUUGAGGGGUGUCAGUGUGUGAGCAGGGCAGGUUUGAGGGGUGUCAGUGUGGCAGCAGGGCAGGUUUGAGGGGUGUCAGUGUGUGAGCAGGACAGGUUUGAGGGGUGUCAGUGUGUGAGCAGGACAGGUUUGAGGGGUGUCAGUGUGGGAGCAGGGCAGGUUUGAGGGGUGUCAGUGUGGCAGGCAGGUUUGAGGGGUGUCAGUGUGGGAGCAGGCAGGUUUGAGGGGUGUCAGUGUGUGAGCAGGGCAGGUUUGAGGGGUGUCAGUGUGUGAGCAGGGCAGGUUUGAGGGGUGUCAGUGUGGGAGCAGGGCAGGUUUGAGCGGUGUCAGUGUGGGAGCAGGGCAGGUUUGAGCGGUGUCAGUGUGGGAGCAGGGCAGGUUUGAGCGGUGUCAGUGUGGGAGCAGGGCAGGUUUGAGGGGUGUCAGUGUGGGAGCAGGGCAGGUUUGAGGGGUGUCAGUGUGGGAGCAGGGCAGGUUUGAGGGGUGUCAGUGUGGGAGCAGGGCAGGUUUGAGCGGUGUCAGUGUGGGAGCAGGGCAGGUUUGAGGGGUGUCAGUGUGUGAGCAGGGCAGGUUUGAGGGGUGUCAGUGUGAGCAGGGCAGGUUUGAGGGGUGUCAGUGUGUGAGCAGGGCAGGUUUGAGGGGUGUCAGUGUGUGAGCAGGACAGGUUUGAGGGGUGUCAGUGUGGGAGCACAGGUGCAGCAAAUCCCAUUUUGCACAAACUUUGCACUGCUUCUAGUUUUAUUAUUUAUAAAGCGCCAACAAACUCCGCAGCGCUUUACAAUACGUGGACUAACAGACGAGCUGGUCGCACAGGUAUAGAGGGGGUUAAGGGCCCUGCUCACGUCCCUCUUCCACUUAAAUGUUAAAGGAGCUCUACAUCAUUGCAGGGAUAUAAAAACAAAAACAAAAAAACAUAUCUUUACUUACUUUUUUUCCCCACGCAGCCUUGAUUUCUGUGUUGGGCCCCACUUUCUUGGCUGAGAUCAUAGAGUUCCCCAAUUUAAGGAAGUGGGGUAACCACGCUGUUGUCUGCGCAGUUACACCGCUUCAUUGAAUUGUGGGUCACAAUAAUCUCAGGCAAAGAAGUGGGGCCAGACAUGGGAAGCAGCACUGUGAGGGAGUAGAGGUAAGUAAAACUCAUCUUUUAAAGAGAACCUGUCAUUUCCAUAGUUACUUUAGCUCUUUUAAAAGAACUUAAAAUGCUAUCUAUACUUUGUGAUAACAAAUGUAUAGAUUGGCAGAAAAUCCUAUUUAAAAAUAGGUGGUUCUGCCAUCUGUAUAUCAGUGAGGAAUUGAGAGACCUGGAGAGCAGAAGAGACCUACCACAGGAGGUCCCUUUGCUCUCCACCCAUGGCAACCACAUCUCAUGCGUUGUAGUUACUAUGGGUGGCUAGGAAGUAUAGGAAUGGAGUGACAUCGGGCUGUUCAAAUGUCUACAUGCUGGCAACAAAGCCAGUGUGUCCGCAUCAUCGAGGUGGAGGUUUGCCCUGCUUAGGGAAGUGUUCCCAAGCAGGGCAAAUCAACAAAGUCCUGUGGAGCACUGGCAGACCGGUAAGGAGAUAGCUGCAGGUAAGUGGUUACAGUUUCCCUUUACAGUCUUUGAAGAGAGGGGCACAUAUAGGUAGGGGAACACUUUAGCGAUAGGAGUACAUGUUUGUAUUUCUAACUCUUUAGUGUUCCUUUUAAAGGAAUGCAAACUUGUAUUGUUAAUGUUUUAGCUUCCCUGUCUUUAUUUAGGACACAACAAGGCUUCUUUAAAUUUUAAAUGUCAAGAUGCACAUAACUUUAGUGUAAAUGGAAGUCAAUACGAUUGCAUAUCAACAUUAUGCUAGCAAAGUUAUCUGUUUACUUCAAUAUAUAAAUGUUUUCAAUCACCUCCCUACCUGAGUGGGAUGGACCUCGUACAGGUGCUCUCUUGCUCUCCAUCACAAUAACUACAAUGCAUGUAGUUGCUGUGAUUGAUUCUUUAGCAAGUACAGCCUCAGAACUUUGAGUGUGAGAAUGUUUACUUGUUUCAAACUUAGAUAAUUGCAUUAUCGAAAAUGUAAACAUUUACAUAUAACUGAUCUAACCAUACCCCUACCCUGUCAUCUCAUAUUUCCAAGAGGAAGUGGUGCGAGUCCUUAACAUGAAGCAGAACUAUGGUAUUGUACUUAAAAGUAUUUGCAGAAACUGUUGUAACUCUGGCACUAAGUCAGUCACUCCCACCCGGGUUAGAUGAAACGGAUAAUAUUGGGGUAUAAUCUCUGGGAUUCCAUGUAACCUGAUGUGUUGAACCACUGUUUGACAUUAAACUGGUAGCAGUGUUUAGAGACCACAGAAACGUAAACGUAAAAAAUUGUGUUUUCAUAAACGUCCGUUUCUGGUUAGUGUUGAAGCGGCACCAUCACCUCCAUAUUAAAAAAAAUUAGUAUUUAACCCCUUAAGGACCAAUCUUUUGAAAUAAAAGGGAAUCAUGACAUGUCACACAUGUCGUGUCCUUAAGGGGUUAAUAAAGAUAGUGUCUUAAUGAAAUUCUCAUUAUAACAAUGUUGGAAUUUCACUGAAGUUCCAACUGAGUCAAAAGAACUACAGACACAUUGAGGCCUGUGGAUCUGCCAUAGGCCUCAAUGCUGUACUCUUGUGCAUGAGAGCGAGUACAGCAAUGACAUCAGCUCCUGGCUCUGAAGCAUCAGGAGCUGAAGAGGAACAGCACAAUUAAGAUGGCGGCACCAACAAAGGUCAGGUUCAGGUAUGUAAUCUCACCCUUACCUGGCCACAGGAUCACCAGCGGCGAUGUCACAGUCAGCGGACUUUGCUACUUUUGCUGGACACCUAAACACUUAUGCCAGAACUAUAGUGUUAAGAAUACAUGUUUGUAUUCCUAACACUAUAGUGUGCCUUCAAAUAUGUAGUUCUACAGCAGGACAGAUUAAAUUAAUACGUUUUAUUGUUUUAUUUUCUUCUCAUCUACAUGUUAUUAGUAGGGGGGAAAAAGAGGUGGGGGGGGUUGUGUUGGGUUACAAGUACAUACUUAAAAUUGUUUCCAUUUAUAUUCCCUAGAGAGCUUUGUUGUGAAGAAAUGUUCUGCCUAUUUAUGAUGAAAUUGAUUUUAAACUACUCCUUAAUCUGUAUCAUAUGACUUGUCAUCUGAGUGGUCAGGAGGAUGGCUUAACCUUGUGCUCUAAUGCCUUGUGUAAUAUUCUCUUUUGAAGAAAAAAAACCCAAAAACUAGUGUUUCACAUUCGUUAAACAUUCAUUUAAAAAUUACCAAAUUAGUUUAAAUGUAUCAAAGAGCAGACAGAGUGCUGCAAGAGUACAAACAAAUAUAUGUCCAGUGUAUACCAUGGAUCAUUUAGAAAAACAGAAUGUGACGGCAGAUAAGAACCAUUCGGCCCAUCUAGUCUGCCCAAUUUUCGAAAUACUUUUAAUUGGUCCCUGGCCUUCUCUUUAGUCUAGGAUAGCCUUAUGCCUAUCCCACGCAUGUUUAAACUCCCUCACUGUGUUAACCUCUACUACUUCAGCUGGAAGGCUAUUCCAUGCAUCCACUAUCCACUCUCUGUAAAGUAAUCCCUCAUGAAAUUAUUUUUAAACAUUUUGCCCCUCUAAUUUACGACUAUGUACUCUUUAAAUAUAGUGUCAUCCUUUGCUGUGUUGAUUCCCUUUAUGUAUUUAAAGGAUCACUAUAGGGUCAGGUACACAAACAUGUAUUCCUGACCCUAUAGUGUUAACACCACCAUAUAGCCCCCCUGGGCCCCUUGUGCCUCCAUAAAUAUUGCAAAAUCUUACUGUAUUCAAGCCUGAAGCUGUAACUCUGCAUGCUGUUUGACUUGAAAAAGCAAGCCGUCUGCUGACAUCAGAAGUGGUAGCCUGAUCCAAUCACAGUGCAUCCCCAUAGGAUUGGCUGAGACUGACAAAUAGGCACAUCAGGGGCAGAGCCAGCAUGAUUCAAACACAGCUCUGGCCAAUCAGCAUCUCCUCAUAGAGAUGAUUUGAAUCAAUGAAUCUCUAUGAGGAAAGUUCAGUGUCUGCCUGCAGAGGGAGAAGACACUGAAUGUUUGGAUGCAUUUUAGGCAGCCAUGACCCAGAAAGGAUCUCUAACAGCCAUCUGAGGAGUGGCCAGUGAAGUUAUCACUAAGCUGUAAAGUAAACACUGCAUUUUCUCUGAAAAGACCGUGUUUACAGCAAAAACUCUGAGGGUAAUGAUUAUACUCACCAGAACAAAUCCAAUAAGCUGUAGUUGUUCUGAUGACUAUAGUGUCCCUUUAAAUGUUUCUAUCAUAUCCCCCCUUUCUCGUCUUUCCUCCAAGCUAUACAUGUUAAGAUCAUUUAUCCUUUCCUGGUAAGUUUUAUCCUGCAAUCCAUGAACCAGUUUAGUAGCCCUUCUCUGAACUCUAAAGUAUCAAUAUCCUUCUGGAGAUACGGUCUCCAGUAUUGCGUACAAUACUCCAAGUGAGGUCUCACCAGUGUUCUGUACAAUGGCAUGAGCACUUCUCUCUUUCUACUGCUAAGGCCACUCCCUAUACAACCAUUUCUGGCUGCUCUGUUACAUUUUCUUCCUACCUUUGUCAUCUGAAAUAAUUAUUCCUAAAUCCCUUUCAUAAUGUUGAGAUUAGUAGGUUAUCAAAUAUUCUAUACUCUGCCCUUGGGUUUUUACGCUCAAGAUGCAUUAUCUUGCAUUUAUCCACAUUAAAUAUCAGUUGCCACAACUCUGACGAUUUUUCUAAUUUAUCUAAAUAAUUUGCCAUUUGGUUUAUCCCUCCUGGAACAUCAACCCUUUUGCAAAUGUUAGCAUCCUCAGCAAAUAGGCAUACCUUACCAUCAAGACCUUCUGCAAUAUCACAAAUAAAAAUAUUGAAGAGAAUGGGUCCAAGUACAGAUCCCUAAAGUAUCCCACUGGUAACUAGACUUUACUUCGAAUAUACUCUGUUGACUACAGGGUUAAUCCAACCUCUAGUGGCUGUCUUCCUGACAGCCGCUAGAGGCGCUUCUCCGACGCUGGAUUGAUAAUUUGCAUCCAGCGUGCAGAGCAUCCAUAGGAAAGCAUUGAGAAAUGCUUUCAUAUGGACUGUUUAAAUGCACUUGCCACGCAUGCGCAUUCUGCUUCACUCGGGAGCUGACGUCGGCGGGGGAUGAGAGAUCACCAGCACCGAGGGAGCCCUGCGCUGGAUUAAAGUAAGUAACUGAAGGGGAUUUAACCACUUCAGCGUCACAGGAGGGGGACACGGAGGGUGAGGGUCCUCCAAAGAUGAGUGUCAGGAAAACGGGUUUGUUCUUUAAUAACUUUGGGUGUAUCGCAUCAGGCUCGAUCGACAUAUUUUCCUUACUUUUGACAGUUGAAAUAGAACCUCUUCCUCUGUAAACUCACAUGUAACAAAUGACCCAUUUGUCCUUUUUCUUAACUGAAGUCCCUCUCCAUUUUCAUCUGUAAAUACUGAAUAAAAAUAUUAAAGGACCACUAUAGGCACCCAGACCACUUCAGCUUAAUGAAGUGGUCUGGGUGCCAGGUCCAGCUAGGAUUAACCCUUUCUUCUAUAAACAUAGCAGUUUCAGAGAAACUGCUAUGUUUAUAUUAGGGUUAAUCCAGCCUCUAGUGGCUGUCUUAAUGACAGCUGCUAGAGGCGCUUCCACCAGUGAGAAGACUCAAUGACAGCCACUGGAGGCACUUCCACCAGUGAGAAGACGCCAGCGUCCAUAGGAAAGCAUUGAGAAUGCUUUCCUAUGGACUGGCUGAAUGCACGUGCGGCUCCUGCCGCGAAUGCGCAUUCAGCCGACAACGAGAAGGAGGAGGAGAGUCCCCCGCCCGGUAAAUUUAACCCCUUCCACUCCCCAGAGCCCGGUGGGAGGGGGCCCUGAGGGUGGGGGGACCUAGAGACCCUAUAGUGCCAGGAAAACAAGUGUGUUUUUCUGGCACUGUAGUGAUCCUUUAAUUGAGGCAGUCAGCUAGACCUUUAUCCUCUCCUACAUACCUUCCUCCUUUUGUUUUUAAUCUAACUAAUCCUUGUUUUACUUUCCUUUUCUCAUUUAUUUAUCUACACAAUGUUAUUUCCCCCUUUUCUAUUGACUGUGCUAUUCCGUCUUCUGUGUGUGCUUUGGAGGGUCUUAUAACUUGCUUAGCCUCUUUCUGCCUAAUCUUAUAGAUUUGUCUUUCUUCCUCAAUCUUUUAUAAUUACGAAAUGCUAACUUUUUUUUUUUUUUUUUAACUAUUUUGGCUACUUCUGUGGAGUACCACAGUGGUUUCUUAAUUUUUCUGCUCUUCCUGACAAGCCUAAUGGAAUCUUCUGUUGCUUUCAGUAGUGCAACGUUUAGAUAAUCCCAUUUCUCCUGGACUCCUUUUAAACUGCUCCAGUCUGACAAGGACUCCUUUACGCAUAUUCUAAUUUAGAAAAAUGUUUGUUUUUCUAAAAUAUAAAACUUUUUUAUUUUUGUGUGGUGUGACUCAGUCACUGUCGUUAUAUUAAACCACACUGGCUGGUCAUCACUAGAUCCUAAACUUUCACCUACAGUAAUAUCUGAUACUAAAUCUCCUUUUGUUAACACGAAAUCUAGUAUGGCCUCCUUACGAGUUGGUUCCCCAAUGACUUGUUUUAGAGAUAAUCCCAGUAGAGUUUAGAAUAUGUGUGCUCCUGGCACAAGCAGCUGUUUUGGUUUUCCAGUUCACAUCUGAAGGAUUAAAGUCACCCAUGAUAAUAACUUUGCCCUUCAUUGUCAUUUUUUGCUAUUUCCUUAACUAGUAGAUUAUCUAACUCUUCUAUUUGUCCAGGGAGUCUGUAAAUCACACCCACACGAGUUAAUGUGUGAUUUCCAAAUUCUAAUGUAACCCAAACGGACUCUGUUCGCAUCGCUAGAUUUUUUUGCUAUCCUUCACAUACAGGGACACCCCUCCCCCUUUUUUGCCUUCUCUGUCUUUUCUAUAUAAGGAGUACUCUGUUAUUGCUUUAUCCCAGUCAUCUUUCUCAUUAUACCAUGUCUCAAUAACAGCCACUAAAUCUACAUUCAUUUUCUUACCAAAUAUGUCUUCUUUAUAUUUAGGAACAUUGCAACAAUGUCUUUGUACCCAUCACUUGAAGACCUCAAAGUCGACAAAGUUAUCCAGGUAUGCUUUCUUCAAUUGUCUGUACCAGGGUGAAUUUUGAUUUAAAUUGCUAUUUAGUAAGAUUCUAUUUAAAUUGUGAUAUUUAAACAAAAACUCAUUUGUGCUGGUUGUUAUAUCUUUGAUUAUGGCAGCCAGAUGAAGACAUCAUAUUUAGAAUAAUACCUUUUCAGUUUUGUUUGUUAUCAGAACCGAUUUUUAUUACAUACCACUAGAAAUACAUAAAUGAUGAACUUAUUGCAAGGUGAUACUUCUCUAGUUUAUUAGGCCAAUUACUCAUGUUUGUUGAACACGAAGGGACACUAUAGGCACCAAAACAACUUUAACUUAAAGGAGUGAUUUUGGUGUAUAGAUCUUGCCACUGCAGCCUCAUUGCUCAAUUCUCUAGAUGUUUUAGGUAGCCCUAGUCACACCUCCUUGCAUGUGACUUGCACAGUCUUCCUAAACAUUUUCUGUAAAGAUAGAUCUAAUGUUUAAAUUUCCUUUUUGUACCUUCUGUUUAAUUUAUUUUUAUCCUGCUCUGUUAACAGCCUAUUGCACCCAACAAACAUUCAAUUUACAGAGGAGGAGGUAAAAACAUUUAAAGCAGGUUAAAGGAACACUGUAGGCACCCAGACCAAUUCAGCUAAUUGAAGUGGUCUGGAUGCAAUGUCCCUUUUGUACUUAGUGCUGCAAUGUUAAACGUUGCAGUGUUUACAUUGCAGCACUAAGUCUGCCCUCGGUGGCUGCCUACCAGACAGCGAGGUAGAUGGCUUCCGGAAUCCAAACUGACUUUUGGUCUGUUAUCUGACGCUGGACAUCCACUGCUCUGCCUGAGGACCUCCAGCGUCAUAUUUUUCCCAAUUGGAAAGUAUUGAUUCAAUGCUUUCCUAUGGGGAGGUCUAAUGUGCGCGGCAUUAGACGUCGUGGGACGGAGGAGCGGAGCUUCGACCCAGCGCUGAGGGACAUCGGCACUGGGAUCAGAUAAGUAAAUUAAUGUUUUUUAACCCUUUAUUUGCAUGGGGUGGAGGGGUGUGGGGAAAGGGGGGAGGGGGGUUCAGUAGUGACAGUAUCUCUUUAACAUCUGAUUGAAAGUGAAACCAUUUUUAAUGCAGACUGUGUGAAAGGAGGUAUGGCUAUGGCUGUAUAAACAGAAACAAGUGAUUUAACUCCUAAAUGUCAGAGAGGUGAGCAUUGAGACUGUUGGAGCAUGAUCUAUACACCCAAACUACUUUAUUAAACUAAAGUUGUUGUGAUCCCUAUAGUGUCCAUUUAAGUUAAAGAUGUUCAUUGUAUGUACAUGGAUUUGAGAAAUAACAGUGGGAUUAAAGGAACGCUGCAUUUCAGCUUGCUGAAGUGAUUUAUGUGUCUGGAGUCUGUCAUUAUUUUUUUUGACCUCUUAUAAAAGAGAUUUCUAUCAGGCAGCCAGGUAGGUUUUCUUCUGCAUCUGUUAGUUCCACAGAACUAACGGAAGUAGCAGGCGCAAUGUGCUGCUACAGACUUUCCAUCCUUCUCAAUGAGCUGUAACCCCCUCCCUCGUGUGGUACAGCACAAAGGCUUCUCUGUGCUGGGGAGGGGAGCUUGCCAAGGCAGCAGGUAUGCCGCUUUUGCAAGUUGCCUAACUUGAAAUGUUACACAUACAAAGAUAUUGAUGUUUGUGUGCUAGGGAUUAGUUACACACCUGUCAUGAGUAACUUAGCGUGUCGGGAACUUUGAACUGGGCUUCCUAGUGUCAGAUCUGUGCGCGUUUUUACUUUUGUCCUCAGCACUCAUAGCGCGCUAGUGACCGGUAUAGUCGCCUUCUGCCUGCCCCCCAUCACUUUAUACAGCUCUCCCUUCAUUUCUUUUUGCCCUUCCACUCGCGCUCUCCUUCCCCUUGCUGGCUGUGAUCCAGCGAAACAGUCCAAACACAGAUUUCUCUCUGAAAAAUCUGUGAUUGGACCGUGCUAUGCCUCCCGCUGACAUAUGAUGGGGUAGGGAGAUCAAGGCCAGGACCUUCGUCCAGCACUGAUUUCCAGGUAAGUUUUCUUUUCUUCAAAUUGCUGUUGGAUGCGGACAUGGGUAGUUAGACAGGGUCAGUAAUGUGAAAGUAGGUAAAGCAACUUUUUAAAUGGAGAAAUCUAACCAGGACAGUUUUGAGAUACAGUUUGACAAUAUUUAAUAUUUGCCAGCAUCUUGCGGAUCAUUUUAUCUCCUGAGCAUUUGUCAUUGAUCAGCAAUUUGAGGUUUAUGUAUUGAUCAUUUUUCUCAAUUCAACAAUUUUAAAAAGCUGGUAGAUUUAACAAAACAUUAAUCUCAAAAUAAUCUUGAUGUAAUGAAUACAGAUAAUGCAGUUCAUGCUAGGUUAAUGGAUUGAACCUUUAUGAUUCCAGUUGCUAGGUAUGCAGAAGAAAAAUUUUGCAGCCUCAUUGCUAUCAGUUCCAUCAAUAUUUUAUCAUGUUUGUUCAACAGGAAUUUGAUUUCACUUAGGUAAUUAUGUUCUUUUGUUAGACAUGUACACUGAUCAGCUACAACAUUAAAACCACAUGCCUACUGUAAUGUAGGUCCCCCUCAUGCUUCCAAAACAGCUCUUGUGCUUCGAGACAUGGACUCCACAUUACUUCUAAACGGGUUCUGUGGUAUCUGGCACCAAGACAUUGGCAACAGAUUCUUUUAAGUACUGCAAGUUGCGAGGUGGGGCCAUGGAUUGCAUUUAUUGUUCAAGCACAUCCCACAGAUGCUCAAUUGGAUUGAGAUCUGGGGAAUAUGGAGGCCAAGGCAACACCUUGAACUCUUUGUCAUGUUCCUCAAACCAUUCCUGAAUAUUUUUUGCAGGGUGCAUAAUCCUGCUCAAAGAGGCCACUGCCAUCAAGGAACACCAUUGUCAUGAAGGGUUUACAUGGUCUGCAACAGUCUCUAGGUAGGUGGUACGUGUAAAAGUAACAUCCACAUGAAUGUCGCAACCCAAGGAUUACCAGCAAAAAAAAAACUGCCCAGAGCAUCGUAUUGCCUCUGCUGGCCUGCUUUCGUCCCAUAGUGCAUCCAGCUGCCAUUUCUUCCCCAGCACACACAAACCUGGCUAAAUGAAAACCAGAUUCAUCAGUCUAUUCAAUCCUCUUCCAUUGCUCUUUGGCCCAGAUUUGACUCUCCUUCUCCCAUUGAAGGCGCUUUCGGCGGUGGACAAGGUGUGGGAGGGGGGUCAUCAUGGGCACUCGUACCGGUCUGUAGUACACAGCCCCAGAUGCAGCAAACUGAAUUCCACUGUGUGCUCUGAUUCCUUUAUAUCAUGGCCAGCGUUAAGUUUUUUAUCAAUUUGAGCUACAGUAGCUCUUCCGUGUGAUCAAACCAGAGGGGCUAGCCUUCGAUUCCCAUCUUCAUCAAUUGGGGUGACCCUGACGCUGGUUCACUGGUUGUUCUUCCUUGUACCACCUAGCCAUUGCAUGCCGGGAACACACCACAAGAUUUGCAGUUUUGGAGAUGCUCUGACCCAGUCAUCUCGCCAUCACUACUUUAACCCAUGUUAAAGUCACUCAGGUUUUUCUGUUUGUCAAUUUUUCCUGCUUCGAACACAUGAAAUGGACUGUUCACUUGCUGCCUAAUAUAUCCCACCCCUACAGGUUCCAUUGUAACAAUAUAAUCAAUAUUCUUCACUUUACCUGUUAGUGGUUUUAAAAUUGUGGUUGAUCAGUAUAUACAAUUCUAUCAACACCUAGUGAAAGAAUAUAAUCAUAAGAGUGAAAGGUUCUGUCACAGUUUGCAGCUUUCAUAAUUCUUCCAAUCUGGACAGUAGGUAAGUAGUAAAAAAUUAGCUUUCUAACUUCUCAUCAGUUUAGUCCAUUAUAUAUGUCUCCUGCAGUUUAUCUGGCAAGCUCGGUCAACUCAAAGUGAACCCUUCAAGUGAUCACUUGGAAGAGGGCAAAGCGGAUUUGAAAUCUGAGUAAAGUGCUUAAUGAAUCAUUUAUUUUAAAAUCUGCGCUUUACUAAAUUGUAGGGAAGGCUACUUAAUACCCGUCCUUGCUGGACAGUCAUUUGUGGGAUAUGAUCUGAUGACGACAAGCCUCUGUGUGGUGAGGGAGGGUUCCGUCUAAAGCUACAGCUCUGCAUCUUUUUUCUAAUGCAAUACCUAAUAUAAUACACAUCUAUUUUUUUUUUUUAAAUAAAAGAUAUUUUAAUUUCUUUAAUUUGUUUGAAUAAAAGUACAUUUACAUUUGUUACUAAGAAAAACAAGGUAUGCCUCCUAAAUUUAAUUUUUUUUUCACUACUUGUUUACUAUUGUUUAACUGCAUUGCAUGCCUUCUUGGGUUUUCCUUUUCAGAAUGUAAUUUGUGUUGAGUAAUCUUAAAGGAUUACUACAACCACUUCAGUGAUUUGUAGUGGCUAUGGUGGAAGGAGUCAAUAUGUGCACUGUUUUAGCUUGACAAACUGCAAUAAAGAUCUUGGCACUUGUGUUACAAGGGCUAGUUGCACCCCUGGCACAUGUGACUUUGGAAGCCCAGAAGUCUGGGCUGCCUAAUGUUUAUUCUGUUAAUGCGCUUGAACAGGCGAAAUGGUCCAAUCACAGGCUUCUCUAUUCCCUGUGAUGUCAGGAGGAGGUGAUUGCCAGCAGUUUCAUCUGGCGCUGGAUUUUGUUUGUAAGUUUUACAGUGUAGUUAUUUAUUUAAAGUAUUUUACCAUGGGGGACCCAGUAGUAAUGCCCAAACACGUAAAUAGUUAGCAGAAGACUAUAGCAUAAGGAAUACAUGUUUGUAUUGCCAUAGUGUUCAUUUUAAGAAGAUUUUUGUCUUGUACUGUAGCACAACAUUUGUUUUUUGCUGACCUAAUGUUUAUGCAUUUUAUUUCAGGCGCAGACAGCUUUUUCAUCAAACCAUGCUAAUCCAGCUAUUUUGUCAGAAGCCUCUGCAUCUGCACCUCAACCAGGAGGUAUUUUGUUUCAUUGUUUUAUCAGGAAAAGAUAUGUUUGACAUGCCGUCACAGAAGUAAUGGCCAUGCCAUUUAAUUUUUUUUUAAACUGCACAUUGCACUAGUUUAAGGUCUAGAUUAAAGGAUUUUUCAUAUAAAAAUGUCCUGGCCAUCCUUUUAAAAUAAUGUUCACUGUCAUGUACAGUAUUACCGCCACUAAAAGUGGCCUUAAUCCUGCAAUUUAAGCAUUGCCAUUUUCAGAGUUUGGUGACUUUAGUGAUUCUUUAAGCAAACCUGUUUACAAAAAUUAGCUGGCUUCCUUGGUGACUACUUCACCUUGGAUCUUUGUUCAGAAUUGCUUCUUACAAAUACUGCCACAUAUGCCCCUUCAUUUUCUGGACUUGUCUGCCUUUCAUUGGCUUACGUGACAGUAAAAAGAAAAGGUAAUAGGCGAUAACUACAGUAAAAUAUAGGGUGCAAUUGGGCUGCAGUAACUAGUGCGAGGAUUCCCAGACCUUGUGGAUAGUAGAGUAUCAAGAAGAAAAGGAAAGUAACCGCGCCCAAAGAUUAUGUACAAAACUUAAAUACGUACACAGGUCUUUUGAAGUUAUACAAGUAUUGGACCUCAAGUAAAACAGAAGAAAGUAAUAGUGCAAUACAGUAAGUACAUGAUGUGUGAUUACACUCACAUAUAAUUGAGCUAUCUCAGAGCUCAGCGCAUGGACAGAACAAUUCCCGUCUAAGGAUAUAAGUUGGUAUAGGCGUCCCAGAUGGCUCAAAUGGAGUGCAGUAUAUAGAACAUCUGUAGGAAUAGAUACAAAAAGAAUACUCCAAUGGUGAAAUAAAUAAAGUAACAUACUCACAUUUCCCAGAGCAAGACUUGAUGGAACCAUCAUAUUCCUAGGUGGGGAUUAUUCCACCAAUGCUAUAUAUACCAGAGCAAGUCUUGCUCUGGGAAAUGUGAGUACGUUACUUUAUUUAUUUUACUCCACAUUUACAAAUAUUUAUUUCACCAUUGGAGUAUUCUUUUUGUAUCUAUUCCUACAUAUGUUUUAUAUAUAAUAUAUAUUUGCACUCCAUUUGAGCCAUCUGGGAUGCCUAUUCCAACUUUUUAUCCACAGACGGGGAUUGUUCCUUCCAUGCGCUGAAACAGCUGAGCUCGGAGAUAGUUCAAUUAAAUGUGAGUUUAAUCACACGUGUACUUGCUGUACAUACUGUAUUGCAAUAUUAUUCUGUUUUAUUUGAGGUCCAAUACUUGUAUAAUUUUUUUAAAAGACCUGUGUACGUAUUAAGUUUUGUACAUAAUCUUUGGGCGCGAUUACUUUCCUUUUCUUCAUGUUGCGUGACACUUACUUUGCACACACGUCUUUUGCCACACAUUUUAGUAUAACGUUUAUUCAUUUUGUUUUUGUCAUGUUUUCCUAGUUACAAAUCUGUUCCAGUAAUUAGUCUUGUCUGAUCAUUUAUAGCAAGUUAUUGUCUGCAAAUACAACAUUUUAAUAAUCUGCCACUGUUUUGUCCUGCUUGAGCACCUUUUUUAUUUUUUUUUAUUUUUAAAAUGUAAUUCUUAAUCUGCUAGAGAAACUAAAUGUCAUUCUAAAAAUAUUUAUCAAAUGUAUUUCUUAUUUUUAUUUUAAUGUAUUUCUUGUCCAAGUAGCUUUUUGGUGGUGGUAAAAUGAGCAUUAUUUUUCCCUUGAACAGGAUUGUAUCCUAAAUUGUAUCCAGAGCUUGCUCAGUACAUGGGAUUAAAUCUGACUGAAGAUGAAAUACACAAAAAUAUGUCACUGGUUCCUUCUGCUGGGGUAUGUCUUUUUUCUUUCUCUCACUGUGUACUAUAAGUAAGGUAAAAUAAAACUUUCAUUUGAAAGUGAAAAAUUUAAUCUGUCUUGUUAUGAAUGUGAUUUGUUGGUCUGCUUUCUUAAAUAUUGUUUGGGCAAAAAGUAAUACAGCAUAAAUGCAGAUCACUAUUUGAUGCUUUGUCAGAAUGAUGAUAAAAUUGUGGCGUUUUCAAAAUUAAUGUGCUUUCUUCCUCCUUGUUUAUAUGUUCUAUUUCGGUUGUUUUUAUAUCAUGUCAGCUCUAAUUUCUUUGUAACAGGACAUCAUGCCCUAGACAGGGUGUGAGUAAUAUAGCAUGGGUUCAGUUCGAAAUGAGUACUGAUGUGUGUCUGUGGGAUAGGAGUUGUGUGUGCAUCUGGAUUUUUAAAAAAAGUUUGUUUUCAUUAUAUUUUUUUAUAAUGAUCACCUGGCAAAUUAAGGACUUUGUGUUUAUUAUCACACUAGAACAUUCUUCAAUAUUGUUGACAAUCAGGUUUUUUUUUUUUUGUUUUGUUUUGUUUUUUUUAAAUCUACGUAUUUAUUUUUUCCUCUUUUUAGCAACAAGUUGCAAGACCCUCAACCUUUAAUAACAUGGUGGCUCCUGUGAGUGGAAGUGAUGUUGGAAUUCGCAGAGCAGAAAUAAGACAGGGAGUUCGUGAACUAAUAUUGUGCAAAGACCAGGAUGGGAAGAUUGGGCUUCGCCUUAAGUCCGUCGAUAAUGUAAGCAAUCAAAAAUAAUAGAUUGGGCAAUACGUUUUUAAUCACACACAAAUCCUGACUGCUGGAUGUGCACUGCACUCUUUACAGGUUAGAGAUUAGUCAUGCAGGACACUUACCAUCAUAAUGUCUAGAUCUUCUAUUGCAAUACCCAGAAAUAUUUACCAACACAGACACAAGGCUACAGGCUACAUUUACUGUGAUAUAAUUCAUGAUGUAGGAAAGGUCUAUUUCAUAGCAGCCACUAAAAUACCUUGUGGUUAAGAUAUACAACUGCCCGAAAUGUUUGUAAUGAGGUAAUGAAGACUUGGGUUCAAUCAGAGUGUAGCUUUUUAUAUGUACUUCUAUCUUCUUCUUUCAUUGUGUUUGACAACUGCAUGUAUACAUAACACCAGGAUACCUAGCGAUUUUUCUCCAUAAUGACAUUCUAAAAGUUCUGCACUAUAAGGAUAAUUUUUAGUACAUUUUAAAAUGUAGUCUAUUUGCAUAGUGUAAGACAAGUAAUCAACAUAUUUUAUGUCUGUGUCCUCAUUAAGGCGUCUCUGCAAUACAAGUUUUCUUGCAUGUUUAAAGUGUCAUAUUGAGACUUCUGCCCAUGUGUAAUGUUCUGUAAAAAUGUUUUAUGCAGAAAACUAAAGGGGAAUUGUAACCUUUUUUUUUUCAGAAGUUGCACCAUUAAAGGGACACUAUAGUCACCUAGACCACUUCAGCUCAAUGAAGUGGUCUGGGUGCCAGGUCCCUCAGGUUUUAACCCUUCACAUGUAAACAUAGCAGCUUCAGAGAAACAGCGCUGGAUUAAGGUAAACUGCUGAAGGGUUUUAACCCCUUCAGCCCAGCGGGAGGGGAACCCUGAGGGUUAGGGUCCCGCCAGGGAUGACCUAGUGUUUUCCUGACACUAUAGUGACCUAUAAAUUGUGUUAACAUUUUGUUUAAACUAACACUAAAGUGUUAGGAACACAAACACAUCUUAUACUAAUAAUUUAGAUUAUUCCUUCCCUCCCCCCUGGGUGACAGCCACUAGAGUUGGACUUGGGUACCAAUUUAAACACUGUCGUUUCUCGGUAAGGGAACGUUCAAACUGCUCAGCUUGCAGGCAUAGGCUCUAGACACCAGAACCACUGUAAUAAUUUGCUUCUGGCAUUUAUAUAAGGCUUGCUUCCAUCAUAUAUUUUAUGGUUGGCAAAUGUUUGAGACCUAUUUAGAAUUCACUCCUUUUUUUAAAGAUGUUAAUUAUGUGGCACUUGUGUACAGCAUUCAAAUGUUCAAGAUUUAAAGUUAUGUAAAGUCAAGGACGUGUCAGUCAAGAUUAACGUUAACCCCUGAUUGCCUUACUCACUUAUUUUUUUAUAAUUUUUUAGUAUGUGUUUCUUUUGUGUGUGUGUGUCAGAAUACAAAUCUAUAAAUAAAAAACAUUUCAGGUUUUUAAAUACCUUAACUUUAAUGCUUGAUAUAUUAAAAACUGUCAUACCAGUUUUUUUUUUUAAUUUUUAUUAUUUUUUAAUCCAUUUAGGGUAUUUUUGUACAACUUGUACAAGCCAACUCUCCAUCAUCCUUGGUUGGCCUGAAAUUUGGCGAUCAGGUUUUGCAAAUAAAUGGUGAAAACUGUGCUGGUUGGAGUUCUGACAAAUCCCAUAAAUUUCUGAAGCAGGCUGCUGGAGAAAAAAUUUCUAUGGUGGUUCGAGACAGGUAUUAUUUUGUAUGUAUAUUCUUCAUUUAGCAAUAACUGAUGAAAACAAGGAUUUCCUAGGUACGAAAGAGGAGUGUGUUUGUUUCACAGUACACUGCUAAACAUUGAUUAAACACUCAACUAUUACAAACCCUUCAAAUAAAUGAUCUGUGAGUUGGUGAAAUUUUACUGAAUAUAUGAUUGAAUAAUAGAAACCAGGUGCAGGAAACAGCUUGGUUUCCUGUUUCUACAUUUAAUUGGGCUUAGCAUGUUGAAGGAAACCUUUCCCAGCUUUGUUUUACUACUUGUAAACACGUAUAAUACAUGCCACACUUCUUUUAAACCAGUAGUCUCAAAGCACCGGCCUUCCUAAAUAGUUUAAAGGACCACUAUAGUGCCAGGAAAACAUACUCAUUUUCCUGGCACUAUAGUGCCCUGAGGGUGCCCCCACCCUCAGGGACCCCCUCCCGCCCGGCUCUGGGGAGUGGAAGGGCUCUCCUCCCUCUUCUCCUCCUCUUCGGCUGCGCGCGCAUUCAGCCAGUCCAUAGGAAAGCAUUCUCAAUGCUUUCCUAUGGACGUUGGCGUCUUCUCACUGUGAUUUGCACAGUGAGAAGCACGCAAGCGCCUCUAGCGGCUGUCAAGAGACAGCCACUGGAGGCUGCAUUAACCCAUUUAGAAACAUAGCAGUUUUCUCUGAAACUGCUAUGUUUAUAAAAAAGUUAACCCUAGCUGGACCUGGCACCCAGACCACUUCACUAAGCUGAAGUGGUCUGGGUGCCUAUAGUGGUCCUUUAAUGCAGGUCAUGUCAACCUAGCCCAUAAUAGAGAAGUAUGUCUAAGCCCUGGACAUACUUCAUUAUGUCUGGUUUGUUGGUGGCCUUGUCCAUAUCAGGGCAUUGAUCACACCCUUAUUUCUUUGGUUUGGGGUUGCUGGAGCUUUAGUGAUUAAGUUGGCUGACUCAUGCAGUGCAGGUAAACCACCUCCAUUGAAAUCUCUGCCAUGAUACAGAUGCUGCAGGGAUAUGUGUAGCUGUGUGUGUAAGAGUAAGGUUUUUAUGUGAGUCUGAAUGAAUAGGAGUACAGAGUUGUGUGUAUGUGUGCUCAUCGGGUGUACAGAUUGGCAGCCCCCAAGAGAGAUGACAACUGCACUGGCUCCCAGAAAAAUUGACUUUGAGACCCCUACUUUAGACUUUUAAAGGAUUACUCCAAGCAUUGUAACAUUCUACAGCCUGGAUAGUGGUUAUGAUGCUGGGUGUACCAUGGGCCCAUUCCCCAAUAAUGGAGCAAACAGUUUUGCCAAGGUUUGCACUACUGCCUAGCGUUUAUUAGCGAAACAUUGCACAUAUGUACUCCAGGCAUUAUGAUUACUUCAAAUCACUGAACCAGUAAUGGUGCUUGCAGUAACCCUUUAAGUUUGAGUAGGAACUGCACCACAUUUUUGUUUCAUUUUUUCCACAUUUUGUACAUUUCUGCGGGAUAUGUGGAAUCUUUAUAAAUAAACUUUUACAACAACUCUGAUGUAGCAAAUUUUCCUAAUAUGUAGGCUUCAUUAGUGCAUGUAUCUGUUUGAAAUAGUUUCAAUUAUACAUGCUGGAUGCUUAAUAGUCUGAAUUUCUUAAUGUGUAAAUUAUCCCUGUGGGCCCUCGCUAUCAUAUAUGCAUGGAUUAUUGUUUACUUUAGGAAUCUGAGUAGAAUAAUUAAUUUAAUAUAAAAUAAACGUAUAUUUUCCACUUUGUUCUCUGGAUGACCUCUUUCACACACUUUUUUUUUUAAUUUAUUUUUUUAUUUUUUAUUCAAGGCCUUUUGAACGCACCAUAACUAUGCACAAAGACAGUGCAGGACAUGUUGGCUUCAUUUUCAAGAAUGGAAAAAUAACAUCAAUCGUUAAGGAUAGCUCUGCAGCAAGAAAUGGUCUCCUCACAGAACAUAACCUGUGUGAAAUCAAUGGCCAGAAUGUGAUUGGGCUAAAGGUAUUUUUCUUUUCUUAACCAAUUCCUACUGAACCUCUGAAACCAUUAACUUGUUACAAUUUAGAGAGUGUAGCAUGCAAUCUAACAGAAUUUUGCAUUACGAAAAAAAGCAAUAUUUCAUGAUGAGUAAAGACUGUUUUACAUUAUAGAACACUUUCUCACGUUGUUACUCCAUUUGGUAGUCUUAUGAGCUUCCUAUAAAAUGGAAUGUGUUGCACUCUUAUACACUUUAAUAUGCGGAUAGUUGAUUCUUAUUAAAAUAAUGACGUACAGCUGUCUUGGAGAAAUUUAUGGCUUUAGUGUCGGCUUUAUAUUCAAACCCGUCGGCCAAGGUAGCCAACAGUUGGUUCUUGUCCUCUGAGUUCCUCAUUACAAAUGGGACACAGCAGGGUUGUCCCUUAUCCCCCCCGUUAAACAUUUUAGCUUUAGAGCCCUUGGCUAAUCUCCUAUGUGCCCAUCCCCAUAUACAUGGACUUAAAGUAGGAGACACUGAAUACAAAUUUACGAUGCUUGCUGAUGACAGCAUGCUGACCUUAACGGACAUCACGGACGUACAGCGCCUGCUCGUAUUACAAAUUAAACGUAACUAAAACAAAAGCAAUGCACCUCCAUCUGGAUGCCGCAUUGCUUGCUAAAUUAAAAGCGGAGUAUGCUUUUCAGUGGGGCAACGACAAUCUCACUUUCCUGGGUAUUGAAUUUCCAGCCCAACCCCAGAAAUUAUACAAGGCAAAUUAGGUCAAAUUGUCCACGGAUAUUAAACACCAACUCCUCAGUUUGAAGGGAAAAUAUGUGUCCUGGAUGGGAUACAUAGAGGCUGUAAAAAUGAUUAUUCUCCCUAAAUUGCAAUACUUGUUCCGCAGGCUGCCUAUCAAACUCCCACCACCAUAUCUGAAAACCAUGCCAAAAAUGCUCAACAACUAUAUUAGGGACAACAAACGACCCAGAGUAGCAACUUCAUUACUCUACAGGCCUUUUAAAUGUGGCGGUCUGAGUUUACCGAAUUUAUUAAUGUACUAUACAGCAUCCCAACUCACCCCAUUGAUCAUGACACACCACCAAAAGGUUCAGCCAGCCUGGCUUCAUAUUGAAGCCACAGAUACAGAAGGGCAAGAACUUACCACUUUAGCGUGGAUCCUACGCCAUCUUAGAUAGCAACACCAACAUAUGCUACCCACAACUAACCCUUUUAACCAACAUACGCUAACCCUUUUAAUAUGGGACAAACAUCACACUCUACACCCAAAUCGCACUGUCUCACUGGCGAUGCCACUGAAAGCCUUCAUGACUCUCAUACCUAACUUCCAGGUGUCAUUGUGGUCCUCCCAUGGUGUUACGCAUUUCCACCAAUUGAUACACACACAGGGUUUUUGCACAUCUUCAGGCCCCCUAUGGCCUGCCAGAGACAGCUAGCUUCACAUAUCUACAGAUCAGGUCCUGGUUUCAAAAUCACAUCGCCCCCAACUGGGACCCUGUAACUGGGCACCAGCUGUCGGACUUGGAAAAGCUCUGCAUCCAACAGAAAACCCCUACCAAACUUAUUUCCCUCCAAUACGCAACUGAAACCUCCCUUUGUCAAAGCUUGGGAGAUGGAAUUUAAAACAACUUUAGAAAAAACACAAAGGUCACAUUAUUCUAGCUAACAAAAAGUUUACUCUAUGCACAGCACACACAGAAUUCACCAGGAAAAUCCUCUAUAGAUGGUACCUGGUGCCCAAAGGACUGAAGCAUAUGAAGCCAGGAUCUUUGAGCCUAUGUUGGAGGUGCCAGCAGGCUCCUGGAACCAUGUACCAUAUGUGGUGGAUGUGCUUUAACCCCUUAAGGACCAAACUUCUGAAAUAAAAGGGAAUCCUGACAUGUCAUGUGUCCUUAAGGGGUUAAGCUCACACCAUUUUGGGAUAAGGUGGCAAAACUUAUUUUGACCUCUGCACAAAUAGAUCUACUAAAAAAACAGAAAUGGAUCUACUGCAACGAGUUUAUCGCAAGAUAAGCAAUACUUGAUUUACCACAUUCUUAUAGCAGCCCUUUCUACCAUAAGCAAAGUCAGGCUAACGAGACACCGCUAACAUUAAAAUAUGCACCCAGGUUAUCAACUACACAGAGUCCUACGAAAUCAUGGCCAGAAUGUCCAAACCACCCAAACGAUAUUGGAAAGAGGCUUGGGACCUCUGGGACUCCCGGUGCGCCUUGUCCGGAUUGACCACAUCUUGACCAGUAAGGCGUAGCCGAUAUACCCGGUAACCACAUUAUAAAUAACCCAGGACCGGCAGCUGAGCUUAUCUGAUUUGUAUGUACAUUGGUUUCGGGGAGUGGGAUGAUGUUACAGGCGAAACUACCUACCCAUGUGUGGAAGGUAAAGUAUGGUGAACGAAUGUAGGAAUACACCUAAUGUACUACGAUACUCCAUAAUACUGCUUACUUAUACCAUCCCACGGUAUGACUCUACAUUAUACUACAUGGGGAACCCCUUACUUCAAACCCCCUUUCCCGGUUUACCCCGUUGAUAUCCCCAGUUACUAUCGCGGGUUUACUUUAAAAACAGAUGCAUUUGUAAGAUAUGUCCAAGGUAUCCAUCUUGCUAUAUUGUUUGCGGUAAUGAUACACUGCUAUUACUGCUACUUACCACCCACAUGUGAUAACCCGCAUUACACCUUAUUAUCCUGUUACCAUUGUUGGCAUGUAGUUUGUAGUUUUGUUACUUUUUUAAGGGGAUUAACGGGACAAGCUGCCUAAAUAGUGGUUUUAACACUAUAGGGUCUGGAGUACACAUUUGUGUUCUUGACCCUAUAGUGUUCCUUUUAAUGAUCAAUCUCUUUAUUUGCCUGUUUCUGUGGCGAUCAGAUUAUCGUCUUAGGCAUGGCUCUUUGCUUAAAUACAUACGUUUCGGAAAAAAUUUUUUCCUUCAAAUACACAACUUGUGUUUAAGAAGUAUAUGUUUCUUACUGAACAUAUACUAAAUAAUAUAGGAUCAAAAAGUACUAGACUGUUUUUACACACAAGUUUAGCAACUUGGAACAAAUAACAUUUUACCAACACUUUAUUUUACAUAGGAAGUCUUUCUCAACACAUUCUGUACAUAAUUUCAUAUAUGCAAAUUUAGUCUGUGGGUAGUAUUUUUAUUCCAAUAUGUUUAUUUCAAGUAUGGAGCCCUGGUGAUAUUUUUGUAAGUUUAUUCCAGAUGGUGAAAUUUGUUUUCUAUAAAGAAUUUUAUUUUUUUAUUAUGUGUGGCAGAUUUGCCAAAAUAUGGCAUACUAUUUUAAAAUAAAAACUGUUUCACAGGAUUCCCAGAUUGCUGACAUACUUGGAACAUCUUUGAAUGUAGUGACGCUCACCGUAAUGCCAUCCUAUAUCUAUGAGCAUAUGGUAAAAAGGUGCGUAAUGGACAUUUAGUUACAUAACUUUAAAUUGGUUUUACAGAUACAUAUCGUCCUCGCCACAAGAAAUGGACUGUAAUGGAAAAUGAUUGCCCUGUUGGAAUGUCCUUGUCUCUCUCUUUUCCCCCCUUGGCUCUCCCUUUCCCCUCUCCCUUUUCCCCUUGGCUCUCCUUUCCCCUUGGCUCUUCCUUUCCCCCUGCCUCUCUCUCUCUUUGCCCCUGCCCCCUCUCUCUCUCCCUUUGCCCCUGCCCUCUCUCUCUCCUUUGCCCCCUGCCCUCUCUCUCCUCCCCUGCCUCUCUCUCUCCCCUUUGCCCCUGCCCUCUCUCUCCCCUUUGCCCCUGCCCCUCUCUCUGCCCCCUGCCCCGCCCUCUCUCUCCCUUUGCCCCGCCCUCUCUCCCUUUGCCCGCCCCUCUCUCUCUCUCCCUCUGCCCCGCCCCCUCUCUCUCUCCCUUUGCCCCUGUCCCCGACUGUCUCCCUCCCCUCCCCUAAUUGUGUUAAAUAAUACUUUCAGUUAUGUAGAACUCCUAUGCUUUCAUGUAUUUUUUUAUUUUUAUUUAUUUUUUUAACCAGGCAUAUACAUUUAACUUGCCGCCUUCUUACCAUAUACAUUUUAUACUUGCCUUAUGUUUUUGUUUUUCGUGGCUACCCUUUCCAGAACUUCAAAAUGUUCAUUACAAAUGCAUAAAAGUUAGUUAAAAUGGGCAAAUAUCCUGCUUUUUAUGGUAGUGUGGUUCUGCUCCGAUAUAGAUCUAGAUAUAUACUCUCUAUAUUUAUUUUGAGAGAGCAAGAGUAAUCUCCUAAACUGCUCCUCCUAAAAUCAGAUGCUGUACAUUUUUAAAUAACUUCUACCAAUAAAGUAAAUGACAAUUUUAUACACUAUUUUUGUUUUUCCUUGAAUAUAUGUGCUAGCUAUUCAUCUCAUGUUUUUCUUUUUCCAUUUUUAUUGUUGUAGCUGUCACAUUCACGGUCUGUAUAGUAUAUACCGGUAUGUAGCCGGUAUUGAAGUUGUCUUAACUGAAUAUUAAUUUCUUCUCCAUUAGAAUGGCUUCAAGUGUUAUUAAGAACUUGAUGGACCACAGUGUUCCUGAGGUUUAAAGGAUAUCGUCACAUUUUGCCUGAAAGCAGAAUCUCUACUGAGCUUGGACAUAUUUUAUUCAGCAGCCAUCUAGGAUAUCUUACAAGACCAAGAUUUCUUUUUUCCUUUUUAUACUGCAUGUUAACAGUUGCAUUAUAUAAAACUUCAGGGCCUAUUCCAAGUCAGCUCUAAAUAUAUGUAUGUGCUACUAUUACUCUUUUUUUCUAUAGGUAGACUACCGCAUUUCGAUCAUAUGUUUAAUAGCUGUUAUUUCUAGUCUUGCAAGCGCUGAAUGAGUGUUUGUUUCACAAACAUGAAAAUCUCCUGAAAACUGAUUUAGUUAUCAGCCGUUUUACUUGUACCAGUAUCUGUUUACUCCUGUAAUAAGAUUAUAAAUGCACUAUUGCUUUAGAUGGUUGAUUAUUAAUUUUACAGUUAGAGAAGUGUGCCUGAAAAUGCUGUAAUUUUCUAUUACCUGUACAAGAUAGCUAUUUUCAUAUGUAUUGCUCCUGUAAAAAUGCAUGUUAGGAAUAACUCAUAGAAUGUGCUAAUUGCUGCAAUUUAAGUUCUUCAGCACAAUGAUGGCUAAUGUUGGGCUUUCCAUGAUGCUCUACAAGCACGGUUAGCCAUCACUGUCCUAGCAGAACGUAGGUAUGAAGAAGAUUCUGGCAAACUCUGAAUGUCAACAAUAUGUCGUACACAAGGUCAUGUGUUGACAACAACCAUUAGUUGUAGACCAAGUUUCUCCAGUGAUGUGCAUGGUCUCUUCCAGAUCGAAGCACAAUUAUUUACAGCUUCUCCAUGAUUUAAGUCUGUUAAUAUUACUACCUUGAAUAAUGUCUGUUUAAUUUUUUUUCAUCUAUCCAUUAGUUAUUUUUUUGUAUAUGAAUGCUGUUACGUUGCUGCACAUAGCCAGAUAUAAGAAUUAUUGCAAAUUCCUCCAAUUUAUUUUGCAUAACAGAUUUGAGACUUUUGACUCCAAAAAGCUGUGGGGUAUUUUUUUGCCUCUUAGAUAAAGUACAUUUUCAAAAUAAUACUAUUAAAGGAAAAAUGUCUGCCUUACUGUUAUACAUUCAAUGGUUUGGUUUAUGUAUAAAACAUAUGUGCUACCACACUUUUCUUAUGUAUCACUGAAAUCUUUUAAGGCAUACACCCUAUGUAUCAAAAUAAAAUUAUAUUCAGAUACAGGGUAUGUCUGCUUACAUGUGCC